AUCUGCUCCAGAAAAAACCCAACACUCAGCCUGCUCAACACCGAAGUCCUCCUCCUCUAGUGGGAGGACGCGAACAGCGUGCAAAUGGACAGGUCCCUGAAACGGAAAUCAGGGGAAGCUGUAAGCGCUUCUUCCCCUGCACCCUCAAUCAAGGGGAGACAAAGAUCAGUCGGGCUGGCCAACGCGCUAUCAACAGACAAGGAAACGGGGGAUAGCAAGCAAUGCGGAACAGGGAUGGAAGAGGAUACCUCCCAAGGGUCAGGGAAGGAUGUAGAUAUGGAAGGAUCACAUCUUUCUCCUCAACCAACUGGCUCCAGCAGGAAUCAGAUCUCAGAAGCAAGUCGGGACAGAAAGAGGACCAGAUCAGAGAGCAGUGAGAACCAGGAUACGGAGGAAGAGGAUGCAGAUGGAGACCCUGACGAUGAUUCUAUGAAAGACUCAGAGGAGGAGAGCCCAGAAGAAGGGGACGACGACAUGGGGGAUGAAGAGGAUGAACAGGGGCAAGACAUGGACUCGCUCGAUUACGUACAACAGUAUGUCCGCUCCUUAGAAUUGGACAGAACAGUAGAACUAGAGGUGAGGCUCGCGCACCACAAGCACCUUCGCAAUCUCAGGUCAGCAACCAAAGCCGAAGACAGCAUAAACAUGGAAAACAGAUUCGAGAUCCUCGGGAAGGAAAGAGAGCUCAAUGAAUUUUAUGCCGAGCAAUACARCAUGAAGAYAAGAAUUGAGAAGAACAGAAUCACAGUGGAUWCAAAAAGUUACGAACAAAAGUUCACCUGGCCCAAAUCGUACGCUGAACCCCAAGCAGAACGGAGAGCGAAGAGAAACAAGAAAGAUAAUAAACAAGGGUCCACAGGGGAACCUCUCCACGAUACCUCCUCUUCAAUAGCAGAGGAUGAGUCCAUAGAGGACCUCAGAAGACACGCUGCAAUCCUGGAAGCUCAGGUAAACGUACUGAGGGAUCAGAACAGGGAGCUGGAUGAUCAAUGCAUAACCCUCAAGGACGUAGCAGGGGGAGGCCACAAGGAAAUAGAAGCAGCAGCCAGACUCGAYGCUCGCAGCAGUUYUAGGCGAAGGASGAUAAUCCCGUACCGCUGGAACCGCAGCUUUGAGYCCUGGSAAGUUGCCUAUCACAGAUCCAACUCGCUGAUCUCAGUACCAGACCAGGACUGUACACAAAACACCUUACGGGAGCUCAUAUYAGACAGCAUACCAGCAGAACUAAAGAUCUUGGGGUCCAAAACAGAGGGUAUAGAAGAAUGGAGGGAUCAGGAGAACGAAGUGCAAGCGGUGGACCUGCGACCAUUAUUGGUGGAAUUGGACGAGCCGGCUAGCCACGUCAGCCGACAGCCGUACCACGUCAGCAGCAGGGAGUGCCACGUCAGCAGUCCUCCGGCCUGGUCGAUGCUCACUCACUUACAAACAGCCGGCAUGGAUCAGAAGUCCGGGAAAACGGCCAAGGCCUAUCAGGCCCAAAUGCUGGCUUUGAUUACCGAAGCCAAGAAACGGGCGGAUGAGCUAGCAGCCGUAGAGAAAAAGAAGGCAGAGGACGCCGAGAAGGCACAUCUGUUGGCAAUCGAACAGCAACAGCAACAAGACGAGGCAGCCGCAAGGGCUGCCGAUGAAGAACGAAAUCAACGACGCGAGAAGAUAUUCAACGAAGAGCGAGCCUUGCUCACAAUGGCAGCGGACUGGCAGGCUGAGGCCGAGAAUGGUAAGAUGGAAGAGAGUGAAAACAAGAUCGCUCUACUCCUCUCCCAUCUCACAGACCUCCUGGCCACGUGCAUUGCACAGCAGGAGGACAUCCACAACCUCGACGACGUGGUUCAGAUGCAGAAUCAGGUGUUUGACCAAGUCAACAGCCGCCUUGAGCAGUUGGAACAAACCGUCGCCACCCCCGUUGCCAGCUCCUCCAACACCUCCGAUCGCCUCGAGGCUUUGGAGAUUGAUGUUGGAUCCCUCAAGGAUGGCGUGCAGUUACAGCAAACCACAACGCAACAGUUGGAGCAACGGAUCUGUAUUGCCGCCACCCACUCGAGAUCGGAACCGCGCGAGACAACUCCAAAGUUCGAUGAUCAAGAGAUCUUCUGCGACUCGACGAAGACGGACCCGAUUCCAUGGUUCUGCAAGUUCGAGCUCAAGUUGCAGCUACACCACGUCAGCGAGCACAAGCAUCACGCCAUAUGCGCUCAUCUUCACACAUAUCUAUCCUUCUAUGCACCACCAACUUCGCCGACGGAUGACGAAGUUGCGGUGGGCGACAUCCUUACGUAUGUUACCAAGGUGGCCCGUGAGUUUCGCAAGCAGCGGUACGAUGACAACAACGCACCGCUCCUCUAUGUCCACAUCCAAGUUGGGCAAGCGUCCUGCAGCGCUUUGCUGGCCAGCGGCGCGUCUCGCAAUUUCAUGAGUCAAGCCUUUAUGCAAAGGGCUGGCCUUGGCACACAAGUUCCAAGAAAGGCAAACGCGACAGCGAUCAAGUUGGCGAACGGAAGGACGCAACAGCUUAUCGACUGCUACAUCGAGGCUGUACCGGUGUAUUUCGCACCUCAUGCAUGCGAACCGGUGACGUUCGACAUUUUGGACACGGACUUCGACGUUAUUUUGGGAAUGCCUUGGCUUGCAAGUGCGGAUCACACGGUCAACUUCCACCGGGGGACUCUUACCGUUCGGGACGCUUUCGGAGACGAAGUGUCCUGUACUAUUCCUCUUCCGCACCCUUCAAUUCGGUGUCAAGUGGUGACGACCAAGGCAUUACGGGCUACUUGCUCUUACGAGAAACCCGACAAGAUGGGCCUAUGUUUCCUACGGACCGUCGCGUUAGCCGACUCUUCACCCACGGACUUGUCUUCAGACCCCCGUGUGGUGCGGUUGCUUGACGAGUUCGCCGACAUCUUCGAGUCAGCUACCGGUGUGGUGUCGGAUCGGCCGAUCUCUCAUGAGAUCAUUCUUGAGGCCGGUGUCGUGCCGCCGAAAGGUUGCAUUUAUCGCAUGAGCGAGGAGGAGCUUACGGUCCUCCGCACGCAACUCGAUCACUUGUUGGACAAGGGCUGGAUUCACCCUAGUAGCUCCCCAUAUGGAGCGCUAGUUCUCUUCGUACGGAAGAAGAACAAGGAUCUACGAUUGUGCAUCGACUACCGCAAGCUCAACGCGCAACCCAUCAAGAAUGUGGGGCCUCUUCCUCGUAUCGACGAUCUUCUUGAGCGAUUGGGUGACACAAAGUACUUUUCUAAGUUGGAUUUGAAGUCGGGAUAUCAUCAGAUUUCGACCCGGCCGAACGAUCGCUACAAAUCCGCGUUCAAGACGCGGUACGGGCACUUUGAGUGGGUGGUCAUACAUUUUGGCCUCACCAACGCCCCGACGACCUUUCAAGCAGCAAUGACCAACGAGUUACGUGCGAUGUUGGACCGGUUCAUGCUGGUCUACUUAGACGGCAUCCUCGUCUAUAGCCGGAUAUUGGAGGAUCAUCUUGAGCACCUUCGACGAGUGUUGAAGGCGUUCCGGCGCGCCAAGUACAAAGCCAACCGUGACAAGUGCGAAUUUGUUCGGCAAGAGCUGGAAUACUUGGGCCAUUUUGUCACACAAGAGAGCAUCAGUCCAUUGGCAGGCAAGAUUCAAGCCAUCCAAGAGUGGUCGGAGCCGCGUAACGUCAUGGAUGUCCGUUCGUUCCUUGGCCUUGCCGGCUACUACCAACGUUUUAUCAAGGGAUACUCGAAGAUUGCGGCCCACUUAACCAAGCUUCAAUGCGAGGAUCGACCAUUUGACUUCGGGGAGGAUGCGUGGGAAUCAUUUUUGGCUCUCAAAACCGCGCUAUUAUCUGUGGAGGUCUUGCGCAUAUACGACCCGCUAUUGCCAACGCUCGUCACUACGGAUGCGUCCGACUAUGAAAUUGGUGUCGUCCUCGAACAACACGAUGGCGUGGACUAGCACCCGGUCGAGUACUUCAGCAAGAAAGUGCUCGUCGUGCACUCCAUUGAUGAUGCACAAAAGAAGGAGCUCCUAGCCUUUGUCCACGCGCU